AUGCAGCUUUUUAAUUCCAGGGUGGUUCCAAGGUUGCUACAAUCGCCAAACAAAAUUAACACAUUAUGUUCCAAAAAAUCAAUCUCUGUCGUUAGUCAUAAGCUCAAUCUUUUGGAUAUCGAAAAGAAAUGGAAAAAAGAAUGGGCUAAACAGUCUCCGUUUCCAGCCAAUGAGUCAGGCAAAAAAAAGUACGUUCUAAGUAUGUUUCCAUACCCUAGUGGUUCAUUACACAUGGGUCACGUACGAGUAUACACUAUAUCGGAUACUCUGUCUAGGUACUAUAGAAUGAAAGGUUUCAAUGUAAUUCAUCCUAUGGGUUGGGAUGCAUUUGGGCUUCCUGCUGAAAAUGCUGCUAUUGAGCAUCAUAUAUCUCCCAAGUCGUGGACAAAAUCGAAUAUUGAGAAAAUGAAGCACCAGUUUGAGUACAUGAACGUUCAUUUUGAUUGGGAUCGAGAAAUUGUUACUUGUGAUCCUUCUUAUUAUAAAUGGGGCCAAUACCUAUUUACACAGCUAUUUAGAAAAGGACUAGCAUAUCAGGCUGAUGCUUUAGUAAAUUGGGAUCCUGUCGAUUGUACAGUACUAGCAAACGAGCAAGUCGACUCCCAGGGUCGUUCUUGGAGAAGCGGAGCUGUUGUUGAGAAAAAGAACCUUUGUCAGUGGUUUUUCAAGACAUCGGAUUACUCGGAACGGCUUUUAAAAGAUUUAGAAGAAUUGUAUGCUUGGCCUGAAAAGGUGAAAAAGAUGCAGCAAAAUUGGAUCGGCAAGAGCGAGGGUUUAGAAAUUCAGUUUAAAACCGAUCAAAAAUAUACCCUCGAUGUUUACACAACAAGACCCGAAACAAUCUUUGGUUCCGCAUUUAUAGGACUCUCAAAGUCUCACCCGUUAGUUCAAUCAGAAGCCCAAAAGUAUGAGAAUCUUAGUACUUUUCUGAAAAGUGACGAUGCAAACAGCGAUGGUUUUGAACUUCCUAUCGUUGCUUAUAAUCCUCUUACCGCUGCACCGAUUCCAGUCUAUUAUGCUCCAUACGUAGUCAAUGAGCAUGGAACUGGCGCUGUUAUGGGAGUUCCUAUGCAUGAUUUAAGGGAUUUUACUUUUGCUACUGAAAAUGGCAUACCUUUUCCUCCGACUAAUGUUGUUCUUCCCCUAAAAUCUGAAAUGAUUAAUAAUGAAUCACCUUAUACAGGAAAUGGUGUAAUGUCAGAAAUAUCUGGUGAAUACAGUGGAAUGAAAAAUAAAGAAGCUGCAAAAGCGAUUUCGAAGUAUUUACAAAGCCGUGGCAUAGCUCGAUUUGUAACGAAGUACAGACUAAGAGAUUGGCUUGUUUCAAGACAAAGGUUUUGGGGUACCCCUAUCCCUAUUGUGCACUGUGAUAGCUGUGGAGCAGUUCCUGUUCCUGAGCAUGAACUGCCCGUCCAAUUGCCUGAACUCACAGAUAUUUAUGGCAAGGGGUCGUCUCCUUUGACUAAUUUGGAAUCUUGGGUAAAAACUAAUUGUCCUCAGUGUAAAAAGCCUGCCAGAAGAGAAACAGAUACAAUGGACACUUUUGUGGACUCUUCGUGGUACUUCUUUAGAUUUCUGGAUCCUAAGAAUAAAAAUCUUCCUUUUGAUCCAAAAAAAGUUGAAAAGGAAAUGCCUGUUGAUAUUUAUAUUGGCGGCAUAGAACACUCUAUUUUACAUCUUUUAUACUCUCGCUUUUUAUCGAAGGUUAUGCAUGAUAUUGGGCUUUGGAAAAACGAUAGUUUGAACAAUGAACCAUUUACCAGAUUAAUUACGCAAGGAAUGGUACAUGGACCUACUUAUGUGAGUCAAUCAACAGGAAGAAUUUUGAAGCCAAGUCAAGUUGAAAAAAUAUUGGGCAAAUUUGUUAAUACUGCGAACCCUGAUGAUGAAGUGGAAUUAUGCUAUUUCAAAAUGAGCAAAAGUAAGCACAAUGGAGUUGAUCCGAUUAGCACCAUUUUACGCUGGGGUUCUGACGUGACGAGGGCACAUCUAUUAUUUUCGGCUCCUGUAGACGGUGUAUUGCAAUGGGAUAGUACAGGAAUAGUUGGAGCUGAAAGAUGGUUGCUUCGUUUAGCGACAUGUGUUGAAAGCAUACAACAAAUGGAUCAACCAGAUGUAUCUUCUUCGUCCGAAAUGAACGAUAAAACUUUGGAGCUACUAGAACAAAGUCAUGAUUAUAUGGUUGCUUGUGCAAAGAAUUACGAAAAUAUUUUUUCUUUGAAUGUAAUUAUAUCGGAUUCCAUGAAGCUGACCAUUACCAUUUACAACUGCUUAAAAGACAAUGCCUCCCCGAAAGGCGCAUUGAAAACAUCUGCCGAGGUAUUAAUUAGGUGCAUUGCACCAAUUGUUCCUUGUAUUUCUAGUGAACUCUGGAAUCAUCUAGGACACAAAGACUCUGUUUAUACGAGUUGGCCAUCCAUGCAAAAGCCAACGAUUACUAAAAAAAGAGUCUCUGUCCCUGUUCAAAUCAAUGGGAAAUGGAGGUUUCAAAUGAAUAUUCCAAGUGAUUCUUUAAGCGAGAACCUAGUUAUGAAGACCGUUUUGGCCCAUCCGGAUGCGCAUCGAUGGUUAAAGGACAAAAAGGUUGUAAGGGCCAUAAUAAAACCAAAGGUUGUGAGCUUAGUUGUGAAGUAA